AUGUUCAGCAAAUAUGUCUGUGAUGUGCCCCCAACCUUCCGGUCCAUAAUCCACUCCUGUACAGUGAGAUAUGAAUGGGGCACUGAUGACAGCAGGGACUAUAACACCUCAUGGACACCCCUGGUCAACACAACUGACCACCCCACUGACCAGUGGACAUACCAGUCUGCUUUCAAGCUGAGGUCACUUCCAUUUGCUGGAAAACAUGGCACUUACAAUGGUGGAGGAUAUGUUAAACUCCUUGGUGACACCAGAAAUAAAAGCUUGUCAAUUCUUGCGGACCUGCAGGAGUCCAAGUGGCUAGACCAGAGGACACGUGCCGUGUUCUUGGAGUUUACCCUGUACAACCCCCAGGUUAACCUGUUCAGUGUGGCACAGUUACUAUUUGAGUUCCACCCCACUGGGGCCAUCUUCCCUUUCUAUCAAAUCUUUACAUGUAAAUUUUACCAAUAUGGGAAUGGGUUGGAAAUCUUUGUCGCAGUUUGUGAAGUUAUGUUCAUCCUGUUUAUACUGACAUCCACAUACAGAGAGUUCAGCAAAUUCAGAAAUACUGGUUCUGAGGAAUACUUCUCAGAUCCUUGGAGUUACAUAGAGGUGGCAAUUGCCUGCCUGGGAUACUCAGCUAUUGGUCUGUUUUUUCAACGUUUAGUCAUAGUGAACUUCACCAUUGCCAAUUUCCAUGAACAUGGCAGAGAGGAAUUUGUGAACUUUUUCCCAGCAGCAUUCUGGGACUACAUCCUGGGCUACACCUUGGCUGCCAUGCUGGUGCUGACAGUGCUUAAGUUUUUCAAGCUGCUACGGUUUAAUGUCCGCAUGAACAUGUUGUCUGCCACUUUAAAGAAAUCAUGGAAACCUACACUACAUUUCUAUCUAGUUCUAGCUCUCCUCAUGAUGGCCUAUGCCUUCUUUGGGCAAUGUGCUUUUGGUCACUACAUUGAAAAAUUCAAGUCCUUAAUAGACACGUUACAGACUUUGUUCACUCUGAUCAUGGGAGGAUUUGAGUUUGCAAUUCUGGGAGACUCAAACCGUGUCAUUGGUAUUGUGUUUCUGAUAACCUUUGCCAUGAUAAUCCAGGUGACGCUGAUCAAUAUGUUCAUUGCCAUUAUCGACGAGUCAUUCAGAUAUGUUCUGAAGGCCACCAAGGAGACUUCCAAUGAGCUGGAGAUGGUGGACUUUAUGUGGACGAGAUUACUGGUGAUUCUUGGUCUCCACACAGGGGCAGGGGUCACCAUUCCUUCCAGUAUUGAUUUGAAGACACUGCAACAAGAGGCUCAGGGUGAAAAUGGUUCAAAUACAAAUAACUGACCUUUUAGAGAAUUGAUUUUUUACAUUUUCUUUUUCUGAACAAAUUGAUGCUGUAGGAAUCUAAGCACCAGAAUUGAUUUUAAACUUAUUCCGCAAACAACUAAUUUUUUUAAUCUUGACCACCAUAAGAAGCUUAGUUUUGAAAAUUUCCAAACAAAUUGAUAUAAUUCUAGAAAUAUGUUUAGUAAAUUUGGUUUGAAUAAUUCAACAAAUAACAAUAUUUGAUAUGCAUAUUGAGUAUAUGAUUAGAGUUCUCUGUAUAAUUGACUUAUUAUUGCCACUUGCUGAAAGCAGGAAAUUGUAUACUUUAAGUGGACCAUACUGUUUGUGGUCUCCACAUGGAUGUAUGUUU